AUGUCGAGGCGUGUAAAAGUAUGUUUCUCAAAGCUGCUUUUCAAAAUCACCAAAUUAGCAAUAGUUUUAACCGUACUAUACAUUUAUUUUACACCCAAAAUUCUUUCCCGGAAUACAGAUUCGUUGCAGCAUAUUUUUCCCCACAGGAGUAGCAACUCUCAAAUCAACUUGGUCAUAGCACACCCUGAUGACGAAGUAAUGUUUUUCUCACCCGUUAUCUCUCAGCUACAUGCGUACUUCCCGGACACCGUCCCAUUUAACAUACUGUGCUUGUCUAAGGGUGACGCUGAGGGUCUUGGGGACACAAGAGCAAAGGAGUUAAACGAUUCGGCCGUUUUGUUGCUACGAAAUGAAAGACCUGUCUCGGUACAAGUCAUGAAUUUUGAAGACGGUAUGGACGAAGAAUGGGAUAUCGAUUCUAUAACCUCUACUCUUUCGAGAACUAUAGACGUAAACAACGAGGAGCUGAACCAAAUUAUCGUGACUUUUGAUUCAUAUGGUGUAUCCAACCAUAUCAAUCAUAAAAGUUGCCAUAUCGCGGUUGAGACAUUCAUGAAUGAUUACGUUCGGUCCAAGGCUAAGGAAAAUGGAAAAAACGCUCAUAUCGCAGCGCUAUACUUGAGAAGCUACAAGAACAAUAUCUUUUUGAAGUACAACUCUUUUAUUUGGGAAAUCUUGAAAAUGCUUUACAGCACAGUUUCCCCAUUUGGUAAAUCCAUUCAGCCGCUCCCGCCCUCAACGGCAACCGAAAAAGAUAGUCUAUUGCUGAUGAAUACACAUUCACAGUAUAUUUUGGCGUAUGCAGCCAUGUUGAAUGCCCAUAAAUCUCAGGUUGUUUGGUUUAGGUAUGGAUGGUGGAUUUUAUCAAGAUUCGUUUUUGUUAAUGAAUUUGACGUUUUUACAUAUUAA